CUAACUUGCCCUGACGUUCUGACGUAGGAGGAGGAGCUAAGGGUGUCAAUUGGCCUGUUUUCCUGCCGGUCAAUGAGGUGGGCACGGUGAUUGGCGGUGACCCGUAAGGUAGCGGGUUUAUGUGUAAGCCCUGAGGAGGCAGCGUUUUCUGGGCUUCUCUUUGGUUCUCUCUCUCCAGAAGGUUCUGCUGGUUCUCUCAGCUCUGGGUACCCGGCACUACAUCGCGCCGCCAUGAUGGGCCAUCGUCCCGUGCUCGUGCUCAGCCAGAACACAAAGCGUGAAUCUGGAAGAAAAGUUCAAUCUGGAAACAUCAAUGCUGCCAAGACUAUUGCAGAUAUCAUCCGAACAUGUUUGGGGCCCAAGUCCAUGAUGAAGAUGCUUUUGGACCCAAUGGGAGGCAUUGUGAUGACCAAUGAUGGCAAUGCCAUUCUUCGAGAGAUUCAAGUCCAGCAUCCAGCAGCCAAGUCCAUGAUUGAAAUUAGCCGGACACAGGAUGAAGAGGUUGGAGAUGGGACCACAUCAGUAAUUAUUCUGGCAGGGGAAAUGCUGUCCGUUGCUGAACACUUCCUAGAGCAGCAGAUGCACCCAACAGUGGUGAUCAGUGCUUACCGUAAGGCAUUGGAUGAUAUGAUCAGCACCCUUAAGAAAAUCAGUUCCCCUGUUGACGUCAAUAACCGAGAUACGAUGCUGAACAUCAUCAACAGCUCUAUUACUACCAAAGCAAUCAGUAGAUGGUCCUCUUUGGCUUGCAACAUUGCCCUAGAUGCUGUCAAAACUGUACAGUUUGAGGAGAAUGGCCGAAAGGAGAUUGAUAUCAAGAAGUAUGCCAGGGUGGAAAAAAUACCUGGAGGCAUCAUUGAAGACUCAUGUGUCUUACGUGGUGUCAUGAUUAACAAAGACGUGACCCAUCCACGAAUGCGACGCUACAUCAAGAACCCUCGCAUUGUGCUGCUGGACUCUUCUCUGGAAUACAAGAAAGGAGAAAGCCAGACUGACAUUGAGAUCACACGAGAGGAAGACUUCACCCGAAUUCUUCAAAUGGAAGAGGAGUACAUUCAACAGCUCUGUGAGGACAUUAUUCACCUAAAGCCUGAUGUCGUCAUCACAGAAAAGGGGAUUUCAGAUUUAGCUCAGCACUACCUCAUGCGGGCCAAUAUCACGGCUAUCCGAAGAGUCCGGAAGACGGACAAUAAUCGCAUUGCUAGAGCCUGUGGGGCCCGCAUAGUCAGCCGACCAGAGGAAUUAAGAGAAGAAGAUGUUGGCACAGGAGCAGGCUUAAUGGAAAUCAAGAAAAUUGGAGAUGAAUACUUUACUUUCAUCACUGAGUGCAAAGAUCCCAAGGCCUGCACCAUUCUCCUCCGGGGAGCUAGCAAAGAGAUUCUUUCGGAAGUAGAGCGAAACCUCCAAGAUGCCAUGCAAGUGUGCCGUAAUGUUCUCCUGGAUCCUCAGCUGGUGCCAGGAGGUGGGGCCUCUGAGAUGGCUGUGGCCCAUGCCUUGACAGAAAAAUCCAAGGCUAUGACUGGUGUGGAACAGUGGCCAUACAGGGCUGUUGCCCAGGCCCUAGAGGUCAUCCCUCGCACCCUGAUCCAGAACUGUGGGGCUAGCACCAUCCGUCUACUUACCUCCCUCCGGGCUAAGCACACCCAAGAGAAUUGUGAGACCUGGGGUGUAAAUGGUGAAACAGGUACUUUAGUGGAUAUGAAAGAAUUGGGCAUCUGGGAGCCACUGGCGGUGAAGCUCCAAACAUAUAAAACAGCGGUGGAGACUGCAGUUCUGCUGUUGCGGAUUGAUGACAUCGUCUCGGGUCACAAAAAGAAAGGUGAUGACCAGAGCCGGCAAGGCGGCGCUCCUGAUGCUGGCCAGGAAUGAGUGGUGACUAGGCGACCUCAACACACGGAGCCAGCAGAGUCUCUCUCUCCCUGAGCCAGACUGUCAAGGACACUGUGGAUGUCUUUGUUUGGAAGGGAUCAGGUUGAGAGACAGCCCCCGGUCUCUUUCUGUCCCAGCUCAGUUUGCAAAAGGCACUGACACGUAAUUCUUCUCUAUUGUAAGCUUUCCAUUUAGUUCGCUUCCGAUGAUUAAAUCUAAGUCAUUGGAGACA